CACCCACGUACGGCCACAUUCCUCUGGGAGCAACAGUUCCCCCGUCCCACCAUCGCUCGAUAUCUAACACCUUUCUUCUAUCCCACGGUCCAGAAGUUCGCAUGAGGUCAUACUCACCGUCCUAUGAGACAAUCUGAGGUCAUCCAUUUAUGAUAUUUCAAUCCAAGCAUACUCGCGGCUGACCUGCAGGAAGUCUCAGAAAGGAGAUCAUGUACCCCCCUCCCCCUUCUCUUUCCCCAGACCCUCAGCUUCAAUCUUAUAUUCGUCGCUCUUCCAAGGGACAAUCUGCUCUAUAACCAUCCAUGACCAGCAACAGUCCAGACCGCAGCAUGGACAACGACGACGGGUACCACUACAUGUAUGACAUCAGCAUCUACGAUGCUGUCAACGGCAUGUCAGACCAUUCCCAAUAUGCCAAUCAACUCCUGUCUCCCGGCGUCGAAAACAACGAGGAUACGUACAUCACGGAAUGUCACCUGGUCCAUGGUAUCCCAGCUAUCCUUCGGCGUCAUCAGACUCACUGUCGACCCCGGGUAACAUGCUGGCUCAGUAUCCGACCAGCUUCGAUCCGUACGAACAGUAUUUUGAUAUUCAGCAAUCUUCUCCUCCCGAACAGAUGGAAACCUCCCCUUUUUCGGAGGACACCAGCUUCACGCUAGGACCGAGUCCACCCUUGAAUGAGAUUGUAACGUCUUAUCAUCAUGAUGCAUCUGAUGAUCUACGUCUUGGAGGUCCUUC